AUUCCUUCCACGACAUUCUUACUGCUUCACGUGUUGAAAUAAACAAUGAAAUAAAUAAAAAACAUUGAAUAAGUAAAAUAUUAAGUUCAAUUAGAAACCAUUAUGUCCAGAAUUAUUGUAAAGCAGCUUCCCAAAAAUGUCACAGAGGAAAAAUUGCGUAGCCUUUUCGGCCAAAAAGGUACCAUAACUGAUAUGCAGCUUAAAUAUACUCCCGAUGGCAAGUUUCGGCAAUUUUGCUUCAUUGGAUAUCAGACAGAAAAUGAGGCUGCGGAUGCUAUAAAGUAUUUUAACAAUUCCACUAUACAAACCAGCCGAAUUAAAGUAGAAUUAUGCGCUAAAUUGGGAGGCGAUGAGAAGCCCCAGUCAUGGAGCAAAUACGCCAAAGACAAUAAGAAGGUUGCAACAGAUAAGGAAAGUAAAAUUACCAAAGAAGUGAAAGAAACAGAGCCGAAACCUCCCUCGCGUGUUGAAGAGUUGUUAGGCAAGCAUAAGGAUGAUCCAGAAUUUCAGGAAUUUAUGAAAGUUCAUGAAAGAAAUCGAACAUUAUGGGCCAAUGAUGUUACAGAAGCGGAAUCUCCAAAUGAAGCCCCUCAGCUUAAUGAAGAAAAUACUAUUACAGAACAAGCAGAAGACAGGGAAGACACAGAUAAUGAGGAAGAUAAAAACGAUGAUGUGGAUGAUAAUGAAGAGGACGGCAAGGAUAAGUUAGCCGAAAAACCCAUCAGUGAUAUGGAAUACAUGAAAUCCCUAAUGGCCAAGACUAGUGUCAGCUCCGCAUCGAAAGCAAAGAAAACAAAUGUUGACUUAUUCACAAUAAAAAUUCACAAUGUUCCCUACAAAACCAAACGUCAAGAAAUCAUCAAAUUCUUUAAACCACUCAAACCUUUCUCAGUGCGUUUGCCAACUAAUGUCCACGGAUUUUGUUAUGUAGGCUUCAAAACAGAAAAGGAUAUGAACAAGGCAAUGCUAAAAAACAAAAGUUUCAUAAAAGGCAAGCAGGUGUUUUUCUCCGAUUUCACUGAAAAGAAUAAAAUCACAAAAGCCAAGCAAACAGCGGCAAAAGAUGGAGACGACCUCAAUCAGACAGAUAGCACAGAAAAAAACUCCAAAUGGAAACAUCAAGAGUCAAGUCUUAGCAAUGAAGAAGACAUAUCAGAAUCGGGAAGAAUAUUUUUUAGGAACUUGGCCUACACAGUUACUGAAGAUGACUUGCAAAAAGUUUUUGAAGAAUUCGGUCCCAUUGCAGAGAUAAGUUUACCCGUCGAUACGGUUACACGACAAAUCAAAGGAUUUGGCACUGUUACGUAUGUGAUGCCUGAACAUGCUGUUCAAGCCUUCAAUAAAUUGGACGGGACAACGUUUCAUGGGCGUCUUUUACACUUGAUACCGGGAAAAGGCAAAAAGUCGGACGAGAAUCAAGACGAGGAUGAUGCCAAUCUGUCAUUCAAACAGAAGAAAGCAUUGAAACUGAAAAAGACUGCACAACAGUCUACAAAUUGGAACACUCUGUUCUUAGGGCCAAAUGCUGUAGCCGAGAUUUUAGCAAAGAAAUUUGAAACUUCGAAACAACGCAUCUUGGAUACCGACGAUGGUGGAUCCAGUGCUGCAGUCCGCAUUGCCUUAGGAGAGACUCAGAUUGUCAUAGAGAUGAAAAAGUUUUUGGAGGAUAAUGGUGUGAGAGUAAAUGCUUUUGAUUCCGUGAAUGCAAAACGCUCCAAGACGAUAAUAUUGGCAAAAAAUUUACCCCCUGAAACGACGGUAGCGGAAUUAACACCAAUCUUUGCCAAAUUCGGACCAAUUGGUAGAAUAGUAUUACCACCUAGUGGCGUGACAGCCAUAAUUGAAUAUUGUGACCCAACAGAAGCGAGGCAUGCAUUCAAAAAACUUGCCUACAGCAAGUUUAAAAAUGUUCCGCUGUAUCUUGAAUGGGGCCCUGAAGAUGUUUUCUCAACCACAUUAAACGGAGAACCCUUAAUACCGAAAAUUGAAAAAGAGGAUGCAAAUGUUGGCCUAGCGGAGGAAUCGCAGGAGAACUCUGAAAAUGGCAAGCAAAUCGAGGAAGCAGUUGACCAGGAGGAGGACGAAGAAAAUGAAGAUCCUGAACCAAAUACAACACUAUUCUUAAGAAAUCUUAAUUUCAAAACCGUGCGGGAAACGGUUUACAGUCAUUUCAAAAGAUUGGGCACAAUACACACUGUGGAAAUAGCAAAACGGAAAGACCCCAACAAUCCAUCCCAGACGACGUCUUUAGGUUAUGGUUUCAUUCAAUUUAAGAAGACAUCUGUUGCUGAAUAUGCACUCAAAAAUAUGCAAUUUACGACGAUCGAUGGCAAUCAAGUGGAAUUGAAACGUAGUGAUCGUAUCCUCAAAACACCGGCAACACAGGGAGAGCGCAAAAAGGUCCAACUUACAAAACAGACUGGUACCAAAAUGUUGGUACGGAACAUACCUUUUCAGGCAAAAGUCCGGGAAGUUCGAGAUAUUUUCAAAGCAUUUGGCGAGUUGCGUUCAGUUCGCUUGCCAAAGAAAAUGGCACCAGGCGAAGAAUCCCAUCGCGGCUUUGGUUUUGUGGAUUUCGUAACGAAAAGUGAUGCCAAAAAGGCAUUUGAAGCACUUAGCCAAAGUACCCAUUUAUACGGUAGACGCAUUGUCCUCGAAUGGGCUUCCACGACUGACGAAGAUGUGGAUGCUCUCAGAAAACGAUCCGCUGAGCAAUACAAUAGUACAAAUCAGGAUAAAUCCACGAAGCGCAGUAAAAGAGCAGUUUUCGAUGCUAACGGAAGUACAAAUGUUGCCCAAAAUGACGAUGACCAUUUAAGCGAUUAGAUCCAUGUAAUUCAAAGUACAUCUGUUAGUCCAUUUAGUUUAAUUAGGAAUUUUAAACGUUCGAAAAUAUGCGACAAAAUUAUGUAAAAUAUUCACUAUAAAUUCGAAAAAAAAAAAAAAAACAAUGCAAUAUUUCAUAUGAACAAACAUACUAAAUGCCGCAGUCUUUGGAAACGAUGGGAUUCCAAAUUACUCUUUAAAACCAUACAUGGUGUGUUUAGAAUUUAAAUAUUGCUUUUUCUUUUAUUUUUUUAUGUAUCAAUUGUGAAUACAUUAUUCUUUAUUUUUAAAUAAGUUUACGGUCGACUAAAGAAUAGUACAUAAUUUUUUUAACAUUUGCGGUAAGAUUUAAGACCUUUGAAGCUGUUAUAGUUUUGUAAGACGAAAUAAAAUAAAAUACAUACGGGAACGCUAUGCUAUGUGCUGAAGAUUUAUGGUGCCGUGCGGCAUAAAUCAUAUAAAUAUACACAGCAGCAAUGUGUUCUCUGUAAUAACGAUACACUAUAGAAUAAAUGUAUAGUAAUAAUUAAUAAUAAAUUUUGGAUUUUCAAUGCA